CACCCCUCUCUCCCCCCAAAAAUCUAAUACAUGGAAACCCCUUCCUCCCUCGACGAUGGCCCGCCCAAUCCCUCCUUCGACCUCCGCGGCCGAACCCUAAAAUUCCCGCGCAGCGCCUCCUCCAAAGAGGCGCCGCGCUCAGACCUCCCCGCCGUCUCCCUCCCUCCCCGCCUCAGCUUCGCCACCGCCGCCUCCCUCCCCUGCUCCAUACGCCCCGCCCUGGCCCGCCUCUCCUCCUCCAAGCUCGACCCCGACGCCGCCGCCGCCUCCACCUGCCGCUGCGUCUCCUCCGUGCUGAAAAAGGACGGCCAGAUCCUCUGCAUCGCCGCCGCCAACGGCCUCGUCUACACUGGCUCGCAGUCCAACGCCGUCGGCGUGUGGAAGAUGCCGGAGUUCACCGAGUGCGGCCAGCUCAAGACGAGAGCGUGCGUGGUUGUCGCGCUGCAGGUCUCGAACGAUAGGGUCUACGCCGCCUACGCGGACUGCAAAAUUAGGGUUUGGAGACGCACGUGGGAAGGGGCCGUCAAGCACGUGCGGAUCGCGACCGUCCCCGCGGCCGGGAGUUUUCUACGAGGAUAUAUCGCCGGCCACGAUAAGACGUCGAAACAUCUAGCGCCAAUUUCGUCGCUAGCAAUCAAUACCGCCGACGACAUUUUGUACUCGGCGUCGCUAGACAAAACCGUCAAAGUGUGGCGAAUCACCGACUUCAAGUGCAUCGAGACGAUCCUGGCCCACCCCGAGCCGGUCAACGCCAUCGCCCUCGCGGACGACGGCGUCCUGUACACGGCCUCGGACGACGCCACCGUGAGGGUGUGGCGGCGCAACUUCUGCAGUGGGGCCCGCCCCCACUCCCUCACGGUGACGCUCCCGACCAAGCACUCCCCCGUCAAGGCCCUGGCCCUCACGGCCGACGGGGGCGUGCUCUACGCCGGGUGCACGGACGGCUACGUGCACUACUGGCUCAAAGGGUGGUUCUCGGGCCAGCUCCAGUACGGCGGCGCGCUCCCGGGCCACACGCACGCCGUCCUGUGCCUGGCCGGCACGGGCGCCUAUGUCGUCACCGGGUCCGCGGACUCGACGAGCCGGGUUUGGGUCCGGGAGGCCGACGGGUUCCACUCGUGCAUCGCGGUGCUGAAGGGGCACCGCGGGCCCGUCAGGUGCGUCACUGCCUUCCUUGAUCGUCUGGCGUCAGACGAUGCAGGGGAGGAGGGAUGCACUGUGUGCACGGGGAGCCUUGACGGCGUGCUUAAGGUGUGGCGGGUUAGGAAUGCCGCCACACAAACUCAUGAUUCGGCGCCAAAUGCUCGUGAUUAUUUUGAAUUGACUUGAGCUUGACUUUUGUCCGACUUUGUAUUGAGCUUUAUUUUAAUUUGAAAUUAAUUAGGGUAUAUUUGUAUUAUUUUUUUUUCGUAUUUAGUGUGUAUAAAUUAUAGUACCAUUAGCAUGCCCGGUUGUGCUU